AUGUGUCCGCGGGAUGCCAGGGACCGACUGAUGCUGGCGAUAGACGGGAACCACAACGUUUCCAACAUGGCUCUGGUUUUGGAUGUCAUUUCCUUCCUGGAGAAAUAUCCCAUCACCAAAGAAGCUCUGGAGGAAACCCGUCUGGGAAAGCUCAUCAACGACGUGCGACGGAAAACUCCAAACGCAGAGCUAGCAAAGCGUGCUAAGAGACUCCUGCGUGGCUGGCAAAGACUCCUCCUCCCCCCCGGCUCUUCAGAACAAUCCCCAGACCACUGCAAAGCAUCAUGGUCGCCCUCUCCGCUGCCCCACACCCAGAACGGCGCGUCGUCGACGGGGAAACAGGAGCUAAAGAGCCGCAACGACUUCAACAACCGCAAAACCAAAGACCGCCACGUCCACGAGACCCACAAGCUCCCCAAGGCGCGUCGUUUGAAAGCGGCGCACAAAAGCUACGGCGUUAGCGAACUGAAAAUACGCGGGAAGACUCUGCGAUUGGAUGCGGACAAACCAAUCAGCACGUCUCUGCUGCUCAAAGCGUCGGUCAUGCAGCAGCAACAGCGCGGCAACAAGAGGCGGGACAGAGAAAAGACGAGACGGAAAUCGAGCUACAAGGGAGACUCAGACGUACGGUUUUUGCGCGCGUCAAAAGAACCACAGGGUACAUUUGUAGAGAGUAACCAGCUGAAAAACAAACAGUCUGAGGCCGGAAACGGUCAAACUCAAAGCGCUAAAGAGGAGAGCGCGGUUAGCUUGUUGAAUACUGCAGCAAAGACAGAUAUGAGCGAUGGUUGCGUCGAUGUCCCGCAGGUCGCUCGGCGCGUGGAAGCGGCCGAAGUCGAGCGGUUGCACUCGGAGCGCUGGGACGGUGUGAACGGAUGCGUGGACAGCAGGGGGCGCUGGUGGGACUGGACUCAGAGCUUCUGUGUGGAUUUGGGGGGAGGCGGUGGAGGUGGCGGGCUGGAGGUGGGGCCUUACGUCUGUCUGGACUGA